UCCAAUUUAAAAGUAUUUAUAUGAAGGUCGACCAAUCAAUUCAUAUAUUAUAAUAAUUUAUAACAGUUACUAACAUUUUAUUAUUUUUUGUGGUUCAGUAUGAAGAGUUUUGUUGUCUUACUUGUGAUCUAUCUUCAAGUAUGGGCUGGUGAUACAUAUAGUGACUUAGGUCAAGCCAUUCAAGAAUGUGGAGCUGGACGUGGCGGGGCAAACGAAGUCAAGGAACCGAUGGAUCUACAAAAACACGGAGCGACAAUCUUCUGCAUGUUGAACAAAGGUGAAAUAGUAAACGAAAACGGGGAUAUGAUUGAAAAUAACGUAAGAGAAAUAUAUUAUAGAAAGAUGUCUGCCACUGAAAAAGAAGUGGACGCAGUAAUUCAGAAAUGUGGGACUAAAAAUGGAAAAACUCGCGAAGAGGUUGCUUUUAAUUUGUUUAUAUGUUUACAGGCUCGUCCUUCAGAAACGAAGAAGCCUUGAUAGAGUUAUAAUAUUUUUGUUGUUUAAAUAAAAUUAUAUUUUGAUUUUUGA